CUUCAGGAGAUUAAUUUUCCCCCAAAACCUGUGAGGGUGAGAGUUGCCCUUUAGGGACCAGAUGGAAGAUGCAUUGCCCUGCGGUCAAAAUUUCCGGGAAGCUUAGCGGAAUGUUCCGUGUCGCACGUCUGCACAGGCUCAGUUAAUGCCUUUGAGAAGUGUUACUUUUCCCUCUGCAUCCUUGGUGUCAAGUUUAAGUCGCGGCAGAAGAACAUCCGCCCUGGUUGAGAGAGCGGACAAAGGAGAUUACGUCCGGUCACAUGUUGUGCCUUAAAUCAAAAGUCCCCCCCUCCCAAGGGACAGGGGUGAAAAGAUCAACACAAGUACGCAAAUUGACAUGUAGCGUGUGUGCCCCGUGUCUGAGUAUAAGGUUAUGGCAUUGACACAGAACACCCCCACUUGCAGAGUGGGUGGGGAGCACGGUUCUAUCUGUGGACCUGACAAGUGACAGGGCCAGCUGGGGAAUGAAACCCUGUAAGACAGGCACUUUGUCUGUGACCAGCAAACUAUCCGCAAGCCCCCCGCAGUGGUGUGUUAGCUCAGGAAAGAUUCAGUGAUACCACCACUGAUGCGGUCCAGAGAGCAACAACUCAGCGUUAAGUAAUCACAUGCGGACGGCUCGUCGCGAUGGGCGGGAAGCAAUCUCACGCGUUCUCCAACAAGGAGCUGAGCGAGGUGAGCGUGAUCCAAGGAGGCCGGAGAAGUGCCGGCAGCGACCAGACCAGCCUGUCCUCAGCCGCCGAGAGAAUCCGCAGACACGCCACGGUACACUUUGGCUACAGCACCCUGAGCCUAGCUAUGCGUGGUCUUGAUGAUGCCCCCACCGAGCUGUGGGAGCUUCGCGAGCUGCAAAAGCUCAACCUCUCUAUGAACUGCCUCUGCUCGCUGCCACCGGCCCUCAGUUCCCUGGACAACCUUGUGGUGCUCAACCUGUGGGGAAACAACCUGACCAGCCUGCCGCCCGAGAUCGGCCUCCUGAAGAAGCUGCGUGUGCUCUUCGCUUGCCGCAACCGCCUGAGCGAGGUGCCCGAGGAGCUCGGCUCCUGCACCUGUCUGGAGGUGCUCAGCCUGGCCAACAACCAGAUUAGUGGCCUGCCCGGUAGUUUGGCAGCCAUGUGCAGCCUGACCAAGCUCAACCUGAGCCACAACCGCAUCGCGCACAUCCCUACUUGCGUCUACAGCAUGAAGGGCCUGGUCUUCCUCCACCUGGCUUGCAACCACCUGGAGACCAUCGCCGACCAGAUCCAGGACCUGGUCAAUCUCAAGAUCCUUAUCGUGGAGGGGAACAGCAUCCACACACUGCCUAAGACCCUGUGCUUCCUGGAGUCCUUAGAACUCCUCAAUGUGGACUUCAAUGAACUGCAAAACGUGCCGGUGGAGAUGUAUUUGCUGAUCAGGCUCAGGAGGCUGGCCUGCCACCCUUUGGACAAGGGUCUCCAUAUUAUACAUAACCCCCUGCUCAAGCCCAUUCAGGAGGUACUGCAAGGAGGACUAAGCUCCCUGUAUAACUACCUCAAACCAACGUGAGGCCCCACCAACGAGUGUGAUGCUGGCACCCGGUCGAUGCCGGACACGCGGGCGCUCACGCCAACCACAUACCCGCCCGAUCACAGAUUCCACUAUCAGUAUUACAUCACAGGGCAUCUUGCGGCACACAAAUAGAUUUUAAGUGUCGUUGGCUGUAAAUAAACACCUACAAACCGCCACCAUGCACGCUAUGCAGAUCACGUCUGUGAGCGUAAUCCGCAGUUAAGGGUUAAAAGGAGGAAGCAAAAAUUCACAGGUCCACUUUUGGAGGCUGAUUAGUGGUGAGUGGUUGGUGGGGUGGCAGCUAACACACACAUGGUUUGUUGCAUUCAGGUCAUAGGGAUCAGUCAGUGGAAAGAACAGUGAAGCAGAAAGGGAAAAAUUAUGCAACAAGAAGCAGACAAGAAAGACGUCCAGUGUGAGAUGCAUUAUGGGAAGAUUCUAAAAUUACUGCUUUAGUAUCCAUCCAUCCAUUUUCUGAGCCGCUUCUCCUCACUAGGGUCGCGGGCAUGCCGGAGCCUAUCCCAGCUAUCUUUGCGUGAGAGGCGGGGUACACCCCGAAUUGGUCGCCAGCCAAUCGCAGGGCACAUAGAAACAAACAACCAUUCGCGCACACUUUCACACCUAAGGGCAAUUUAGUCUUCUAAAUACUAAAACAUGAGUCUCUAUCUUCGGAGUAAGUUACUUCCCCUAAAAAAAAAACCUGCAUUCUAGGCGGACAUGCAGUGUAUUUUGCAGCAAAAACAUGGAUUCACCAAGAAACAUUGUCACUUUUUUUCUAACCAAAAUGGAUUAACUAUGGUGAAAGCUCCUACAAAAUUCUUGUAUGUGUAUAUAAAAUGAACACCAGACACUUUUUGGCGGUAUUUGUUUAGGGCAUUAUAAUAAAUUAAAGAAUUGAAAUCUUAUUUGCUUGGUUAUUUUAUGUCACUUUCCACACUCUUGUAGCGAAUCUGGCACAGACGUUAUGUUUUUAUCCCCGUGUUUGCUCACAAGAAGGAUUAUAUUAUUACUCAUUUAUGUAUUUCUGUACAUAUAUUAUCCAUACAAUAUAAACUUUCCAAGAUUCUCCUGUCUUCGCUAUCAGUUUAGCACCAGGGCACUGGUAGCAAAGGCAGAAAAGUGACCUCUGCCGGAGUUCACUGGUUAUUACAUAAGUUUCUCUCUCUGCCUCUGUCUCUCUCUGUCUGUCUUUCUCAGAUUAAUGACUCAAGUACAAAGUAGUCCUCCAACUAACUCCUGAGUCAUCUCCACCAUCUUUUUCAAUCAGAGCAUGAAAGUCAAAUAAACGCAAAUAUAAAAUAGAAACUCAGACAUUGAUCAACAAUAUGACUCUAACGAGAUUAAACUAAAUCUUUAUUUUAAAAAAACUAAUUAAGGCAAAUGCAUUAACAAGAAAUGGUCCUCAUUUAAUUUUCUUUGUUUACAUGUGAAAUAGCAAGAGUUUGAAAUUGAGUUCUUGUAGGCGGAAAUGUGGACAUCAUGGGGCAGAGACAUGAUUUUUGUGGUCUGUAAGGUACACAUAGAUCGAAUGGAAGGAAACCCUUAAUUGUUUCUGCCAUGCAACACUUCAGGUAAAUGAGUCGCUUUAAAACUUUUCCUUCUGUGUGACCCCGAGAACCGUGUUAUCAUGUGACUGCUUGUCAAACAUUGUCAGCUUUGGUUACGUUAGAUUGGUGAAACAUAGUUAUGUGAUAGAAAGCUCUCUGAGAAACCAGAACAAUAACAGAUAAAAAAACAAAAGCGGAAUGUGGCUCAAUGUAACAGAAGUAGAGUUUCCUCUUAGCAAAACUACGCUAAAAGUAUGUGGCAUUAAAACUACUGUGCACAAGUACAAAAGUUACAAUAGUAAAUGUAACGGAGUAAAUGUAGGAUGUUACUACCCAUUUUUGGUUAUGAAUGGUGUGCAACAAAAGUAAAAUAAUUUGUGGCAUAAGCAUACAUGGUCGCGCUGCACGCUUGGUUAAUGCCUGUACUUACUGUUUUUCCAUUUGUUUGUUUACUCAUUGUAACUUUGGAUGAUUGCCAUAACAAAUAUGCAGCCUGUCUCAGAUCCUUUCCUAUGUCACAGGUCGCUACAUUUCCUGUUCUAUAGUUAUCAUCGUCAUUACCAAAAACCCAUAAAAGUCCCCCCAAAAAAGCAACACAUGCCAAUGUCACACAUAAUGUUCGUGUGAACUCUGUGUUUUGUUUGACUUAAGGAAUUUUUGGGAGUUCAACUACAAAUUAUACUACUUUCAGAGCAUUAAUAUAUUUUUUAGAUCAACUUAAUAGAAAUUAUUUUGUGUAAUCAACUAAAACAUGUCAAUGAAUGCAUAAUUGAAGGCAGGGCUUGGCGAUUAAUUAAUGUUAUUGAUCAACUCAAGCAUAUUUUUCAGGAUGAUUUAUUCAUUUAAUUUAAAAUUACUGUUUUUUAGCUUUUCAUAAAUAAAUAUAAUCUUAGAUAUUAUUUUAAGGCCGUAUUGACAGUCCCACAUUUAAAGUUGUGUAAAAACAUAAUAUCAUUGCUGGGUGCCUUUUGACAGCUAAUCAAUACCACACAGAGCCUUUGACAAUCAAGGAGGAUAAUUAAGGUGUUGUUGUUUAAGGUGUGAAACUGUGCCACUGCGUUGCACGACACCAAGGAACCCCUCUCACGUGGCGCCUAUCAACAAACAACACAAGAGUUACACUCAACUAUUACCUCUCAUUUACCACAUCAUGUCUGUUUAACGGAUUUGCGUCCCUGCUGCUGAUGGCGGUAUGAUGAAGGAGUAUGGAUUUUUAUGACGUUGAUGUCAAUAUCAGUGGUUCAGCUGCACAGGAUUUUGGUCAGUGUGGCCCACAAAGCAGGCCAUUGUGCUCGAGCUGGUAUUUUUGUGCAUUCUUGGUCAUUUAAGGGCUGUAGGCAUGACAGUGCGGUGGCCAAAACAACUACAAAUCAUGUCGGCCUAGUGUCACACAACAUCUUCUGUAUCAAUAUGGGCAUGCUUUUAAAGUUGAUGUUUUGUCCUCAAUCAUUACUUUAAAUCUAAAAAAAAAAAAAAAUGCCUGAGCAUAUGAAAAACAUGAGAUGCUGUGUUAAAAAUUCCACCUUUACAAAGUUAAUGUUCAGUUUUCAUUGACACUUUGAAUAGAGGUAUCCUUUUAAUACUGCUUCAUGGCAUCUAUUAGGAUUUACCAACAGAUUACACACCAGUACCUUGCCAUUGCAAGGCUUUAAACAGGAUGUUCUCAAAGGGAAGUGGCCUCUGAGUUUAAGAGUGUCACAAAGUGUUAUCAACAAAUUGCAACCUUGUCCUUGUAAAUGUUUUGGUCUAUUCAUUCAUACUCCUGUUCAGAAUUUUGCGCUUAAGCUCCUUGUUGGAGACCACCCAGGUGUGCAAAAAAUAAAGUACUGAAACAUUCAA